AUGGAAUCCAACAAGAAAACCCCAAAAGAAACUGACCAAACUCCCGACUCAGAGUAUGAGAAAAGAUUGGAAUUCAACGAGUUAACUCGCUUGGAUGAAAAACUGAAUUUCAUAGAAAAGAACAGGGGGGAAAUUCCUCCAUUUCUUUUCGCGGCGAAAUACGCAGAUGAGGAGGUUUGCCGGCAGCUCAUCGCAGAUGGCGCUGACGUUUCCAAAAUCUUAGACAAAAAUGGCGCCAACGCCUUGCACUACGUCGGCAUGAACACCUCUGGGUUGGAACUCGUAGAAUUGUUCCACGGACACGGUGCAAAAAUCAACGAUAAGGACAAGAAUAAAAAAAUUCCACUCGAAUACGCUCUUCAGAUGAGAAAUUUCGAAGUUUCUCUCAAAUUGUUCGAGCUUCUGAAGCAGGAAAUCGAUUACAACGGAAAUAUUCUGGACUGGUGCAUCGAUAUGAAUGCUUUAGAUUUCUGCAAAUAUGUAGCGGUGGAGCGUGCUGACGAGAAAUUGUGCCAGUGGCUUUUCAAAGAAUGCCUGGCCAACGUGGACCUGGACAGCGACCAAUCCUCAAACUGGAAGGAAGAGAUUUUGUUCGCCGCCACCAGAAACUUGAAGCACGGAGAGAAAAUCACACGCUUCCUGCUGGAAAAUUACAAAAUCAACGUUGAGGAGAGGAGCUUGUUUUUGCACCACACGCCCUACAGCCACGCCAUGGCGACGGGAAACAGAGGCGUCGCCUUUGCUUUGCUAAUACAUGGCGCUAUCAUGGAAGUGGACAUCGAUCCGGAAACUGCGUGGCAAAUCUACAGAAACAGGGCAAAUGAGGAGGAGACACGCGAGUCUAGUUCGAUCAGAAGCAGUCGUUAUCCAAACGAUAUUGGAAGGGACCAAAAUUUGCUGCAAGUCGCACUCGAACAGAAAUGUAUGCCCUUAGUAGGAAAGUUGUUCGAGUUGAAUUUCGACGAGAAGAUGAACAAAAUAAACUACCUGCACUUUUGUGUGGUGAAGAACAAUUUGGAAAGUGCGAAGCUCGUUCACUCGAGAAACAAGGAUCUGAUAAAAGAAAUGGGGCAAGAUGGGAAAUACGUCCUGCAUCUGGCCGCGGAGCAUGCCGACCUGGACAUGUGUCAGUGGCUGAUCAACCAAGGGGCUGACCUUGAGGCCCUGACCUCGGACGGAAGGUCCGUGCUGGACUUCGCGGCCAGCCAAGAAGUUAAGAAUUUAUUCCACGCCGUACAAAUGUCAAAAGAAAUUUAA